AUGCCGGCUGAUCUGGAAGAUAAGGAGUGCCAACUCGGCGUGAGGUCUGUUUUCACGCCGGCGACAGGGAAAUCCCUUGCCAUGGCGAUAGCUCAGGCGGUUGCGAAUUCUAAUCUGGUAGCAUCGGAACGGGCACUGGACAUGGUAACAGCCAGUGUUGAACGUGGUAUCAAGUAUGCAGGGCUGUUAGCGCUCGAAGGACAGCUAGCCCACGAUCGAAGGGUUCAUCUUUAA